AUGUCCUGGUGUGAACCAGAAGAGAGCUUCAGCAUGGGAGUGGAUCUUGAAGCUGCCCAGCGAGAUGCUUGGGCGGGGAGCAAAGGUCCAAGGACCCUAAGUGGCUUCUCAGAGGAGGAGCUGCCUCUCACUCCCAGGACUCGGAGCGAUGGUCCCGGGACCCUAGGCAGCUUCUCAGAGGAGGAGCCCCCACUUAGACACUUCGGUGCAGGGCAAGGUUCCCUGGCCCAAGAGGUAUAUUAUCCUCUCCCUUUAAAUAAUCAAGUCCAUGAAAAAAAAAGGGAAUAUGAAAACAUUACUGAAUUUAUUCUUCUGGGACUAUUUAGUAAUGCAGAUGUGAAGACUCCCUGCUCUGUGAUAUUUUCACUUUGCUAUCUUGCAAUUCUUUCAGGAAACCUGGCCAUUCUUCUCACCAUCAGGGGAAGCCACCUUGGUGAGCAACCCAUGUACUUUUUCCUCAGCUACCUGUCCUUCGUGGAUGUCUGUUUUACUUCCACAGUGGCCCCCAAACUGAUCAUAGACUUACUGGUUCAGUGGAACACCAUCUCCUUCAGUGGCUGCAUGUCCCAGAUGUUUCAUGCCCACUUCUUCGGAGCCACUGAGAUCUUUAUCUUGGUGGCCAUGGCCUAUGAUCGCUAUGUAGCCAUCUGUAGAUCCCUUCACUAUGUGGUCAUCAUGAGCAGAAGGGCAUGCUACAUCCUUGUGAUGACUGCUGUCAUUGGAGUUUUUAUCCAUUCACUGAUGCAUGUGUUGAUCAUGAUUCAACUUCCCUUCUGUGUCCCCAAUCAGAUAGACCACUAUUUCUGUGACGUCUUCCCCCUGUUAGAGUUGGCCUGCACUGACACAAGGCUCUUGAAGAUCAUAAUCGUUACCACCACAGGGGUGCUGUCCAUUCUGACCUUUGUUGCCUUGCUAAUUUCUUACAUCAUCAUCCUGUCCACCUUGAGGACUCGCUCAUCUGAGGGCCGCCGCAAAGCCUUCUCCACCUGUGGCUCACACAUCAUGGUUGUGCUCAUGUUCUUCUUGCCCCUCACCUUCACCUAUGUCCCCAUGGCUGAUUCUGUCAGCAAUGACAAAGUGUUUGCUCUGUUUUACACCAUGAUUGCCCCCUUGUUCAACCCUCUCAUUUACACAAUGAGAAAUGCAGACAUGAAGAACGCCAUGAAGAAAGUGUGGGACCCACACAAAUUGCUGGAAGGGACUUGA